GCGGAUUAGUCUAGUGGAGGCGCAGGGGCGGGAGGCUCCGCGUCCCCGCGAAUCAGCUGGAGGACGAAGGAUGAAGUGACACCCGGGGACAGGAUGCAAGAUGGCUGACCUGAGCAACAUCCAGUCCGCAGCUUCCAAGAGCAUCCGGCCUUUCCGGUCCAGUGAGGAGUAUCUCUACGCCAUGAAGGAGGACUUGGCUGAGUGGCUCAACAUUCUCUAUGGCUGGGAUGUCCGGGUGGAGAAUUUCAUGGAGACCCUGGAGACCGGAUGUGAUCUCUGCCAACAUGCCAACAAUGUCAACCGCAUUGCUCUGGAGUUCCAGCAGCAGCACCCAGAAGUUGCUGCCCACAUGAGGGUGCCCCAGAAUGAGGUUGUCUACCAGGCCAAGAAUGUGGUGCCUGGCUCCUUCAUCGCCAGGGACAACGUCUCGAAUUUCAUCCAGUGGUGCCGGCAGGACCUGGGCAUCCAGGACGUGCUGAUGUUCGAAACCAAUGACCUGGUGCUGAGGAAGAAUGAGAAGAACUUUGUCCUGUGCCUUCUAGAGGUCGCUAGGAGGGGCUCCAAGUUUGGGAUGCUGGCCCCCAUGCUGAUCCAGAUGGAGCAGGAGAUUGAGGAGGAAAUGAGGGAUCAGAGAGCCUAUGGGGGACUGGAAACCCAGGAGGAUAGCCAAGACUUGGGCCCUGAGUCACCUGUCUACCCUAGCAGGGCGCAGAGAAUCUCCUUGUGUGACCUCAAGAACCUGGAUGAGCUGGUGCGAGAGAUUCUGGGCUGCUGUACCUGCCCCUCUCAGUUUCCCAUGAUCAAAGUCUCAGAGGGUAAAUAUAAAGUGGGAGACUCCAACGCGCUGAUCUUUGUUCGAGUACUGAGAAGCCACGUGAUGGUGCGAGUAGGUGGUGGAUGGGAUACCCUGGAGCACUACCUGGACAAGCACGAUCCCUGCCGAUGCGCCUCCCUCUCGCAUCGUCUAAUGCAGACACGUGCCUUGGGCUUCUCCCCCCAGAAGACGGCAUCUCCUGGCAGCUUCUCUUCCAGCCCCCGAGCUGCCAGCCCCAGCUCCCAGCGCACCUCGGAAGGCAUGAACCCCUACCGGCCAACGGAGACCCUCCGCAUGGGCGAUAAGCGGCUCUCAGCUGGUGGGGACUUGACCCAGGCCAAGAUGGACCGGUCCGGCCAUCCGGCCAGGGGGGCAGGAGAUCUGUCUGUCCAAUCGGACUCCUCAAGGCCGAUCCCCAAUGUGACAUCACACGUCAGGCAGGAGAAGCUGGAAGCGCUCCCCCCAAGGGCUGGUACAGUCCCCUCAUCUGGCCAGAGCUCCUCCAGUCCCUUGAGGAGCUCCACACCACUGGCCCACCGCGAUGUAUCUGAGCCGCGAGCUUCAUCCACUCUCAGGCUUCAAGACCAGCUGCCCCCCAGAGCCAGACGCCUCUCCGGAGACAGCGACUCCUCCGCGUCAUCCACACAGAGUGGCACCCUGGGCAGGAGGCGUGGUGAGGACGGUGCCUUGCGAACAGCGCACAAGAAGGAGGUGGGGAGGCGCAUGACCGAGGGGGCCCCUAGGAGUCAGCCUUCGAGCCGCAGCCAGUCACGGGAGCGCGGGGUCUUCUUGGGGCCGAAACCGUUGGUGGGGGCCAGGAGGGCAGAGCCCGAGGAGCGGAGCCGGUCUCGCAUGGUGAACAGGCCUGGCAGGCCCAGUGCCAGAGCACGGAGCCAGGGGAGAGGUAGCGGGGAGUCAGUGCUGCUCAUCAGCCGAGGGAAGGAUGGGCAGCACUCCUGGGCACGGGCCAAUGAGGUGAAGGAGAACGGCCAAGAUUCUGGCCGAGCUACCCCCAGGACCAAGAGCCCAACUCGCGGGCACCUCGCUCGGGUGAGCUCCAGAAGCCCUGCCCCCACCAGUCGCAGAGCAUCCCUUCCUGCCAACAAACUGGCAGAGCCCUCGGUCCGGGCACCUCAGCAGAUGCUGGGGUCUGUGAGGCAGUGGCAGGUGGACAAGACUGAGCCAAGGGUCCCUGUGAGGGAGCAGCUGUCUGAGGAGACCCUCCAGGCCAGGGAGCUGACUGAGAGCUUCAGCCAGGAGCUGGAGGAGCUGGCACAGAGCUUCCGGACCCCUCUGCACCUGGACCCCAGCCAGGAGCAGCAGCUGUACCGGUGCCUGGAGGAAGAGUUCCUGGCCAACUCCCAGAUGAUUGAGCUGGCCGAAGAUAAUGGGGUGUCCCUGGGCUGCGCUCACGAUCCAGGGCGUCUCCAGCAGACCACGCCAGACCCAGGAGCCGUUGACUCUGCCUACUGCUCCUCCAGCUCCUCCUCCUCCUCGCUAAACUUCUUCAGCAAGCACAGCUUCCAGGCAGACUUUGGUGAGCGGCCCAAAGAUGACCCCAAGAGGAACCCUGCAUCCCAGCGCCUAUGGGCCUCCAAUUGUAGCACCGGCCCCACUGAGCUCCAGGAUGGGUCUGGCUGGGACUCCCACGUGGCGCUGGAGCCGGGCACAUGCUGGAGGAAGCCAGCUCUCUCAAGUUCCUCAGAUGAAAGUAACUACUACCCAGCCUUGAAUGACCUCCAGGAGGUGGCCGAGGGAGUAGAGGUGUCAGGUCCGGGCAUGGAUGCGGCCUGGACCAUCUUGGAGCUUGCGGGCUCUGACACAGACUUGGGAGCCUCGGCCCCAGAUGAGCCGAUGAAGACUGAGGAGGACUCUGUGGAGGGGUCGUUGGGUGAGACGUCCCUAGAUGCAAUGCUGGAUGUACUCCAGACGCAGGAGGUGGUGCUGAGGCAAAAGAAGUCCCUGAAGAAACCAGGCCGAGUGCCUUCCAUCUACAAGCUGAAGCUGAGGCCCAAGGCCAAGCCACGUGUAGACACUCAGCCAGAUAAGAAGCCCUCCAAGAUACCCACACCGCUCAGCUACAAGACGUCCGGUGCCUCACCCAAGGGGAGCCCUCCCAAGCGCCCAGCUGAGCAUAAGUCCUGGAGAGCCUUUCACAGCGUCUUCUCCUCCUUCAUGGAGCCGCCGCAGGGCCAGAUGGAGCCAAGAGGGCCAGACGAGGACGCCUGGGCUUGAUGGGCUGGUAGCACUUGUACAAGAUGGAGGGACCGGCCUGUAGCAUUCCCCACUGCUGCUCCCAGAUCCCCAUGUCCCGCACCUGCUGCCUUGGAUGUGCUGCUGUGGUGGUCCUGGCCUUGCUGCUGCUGCUGCUGCGGCGAAGGGGUGGGCGGCCAGAUGCCCCAGAGUUUUUUUUAUUUUUGGAGGUACCUCGGGAUGGAGCUUCCAUUUGCAGGGCCAGAGCUGGGGCUGGGAAGCUGGGUGGCUUUGAUUUAACUUGAGAUCUCUUAAGUGAAUUGGCUUUUAGGGGGACGUUCCUGAGCCUUGGAUUCCUGGGUGUCUUAGACUUUCCUUGGUUUCAGACCAGAAUUGUUCUGGGGGUCUGGGAUUGAACACCCUCAGAUGUCCUCUGGGCCUUCUGCCCCCCAAAGCGCUCUGAUCUCCAGCGCAGGGCACUCCAUCAUUCUGCACUGAAACUCAAGAGGCUCUGUGACCAUUCUUUGGGGGUGUGAUCGCUGGGAGAGAGGGCGCAGUGGAUGGGGCACACCUCCUCUGAGCAGAAGCAGAGAGGGACCGAGCUGCACAGCAGUCUCCGAGGGGAAGGCAGGGGAGUUGGACUUUAUUUUUAGUUGGGGUUUCUUUAAUUGACUCUGGUUUUGAGGAGAAAGGGUUAGCAAACCAUAUUGCACAUCAUUUCGGCAGCACCUGCCGGCCUCCAGUAGGCUGGGGCUCCCAGCAUUAAUUGACCGUGACGUACUGUAUGUUUGUUAAUAACAUCUGUAUCUAGAGAUAAUAUAUUGAGUGUCUGUACAUAUAAAUACUCUGCAUAGACUGCUGCUUCCCUCAUGUCUGGCCUCAACCCUAGGGACAUAGAGAUGGACAAUAAAAA